AUGUCCGAGAUCGCAGUGGGAACUCGCUCUGGCUUAUCGGGCGCUCAGAAUAGCCCCGUGCUCGUGCACGCGCGCACUGUGCACUAUGAUCGGCCGACAGGGCGUAACCCUACCCGGAAUUGUCCUGCACGUGCUGCCCUCCUGACCAGCCCUUUGUGUACAACCUCAACUCUCGUCCUCGCUACACCCUCGCUAACUUGUGCAUCCUCUUGUCCGCACACACCUGCUCUUCGCCACAUCAAUUUCGCCCCGCCCUCCCCCCCCCCCCACCCAAUCGACCCCGUCGGGGUUUCCGCCCGUGGGAAUCUGGGAAGCUGGACUCUCGGUCUGUGCACUGACGUCACAAAAGUACCGAAGACCUUGGCGUGUCCCUCUGUUCGCGUCCCAGAGAGGCGAUGCAUUCCAGCGCUGCCCGCGCUGCGCACCACUCCGCCCACCCGAACACGCCUGCCCGCUAACCGCCUCGACGUCCCACUCAACCCGACCGAGGCAGGCGAAUUUGUCUCGCGCCAGCCUCGCUGCGAAAUCCUUGUUCACUGGACCUGCGGGCCAGUUCUCAUCUCGUGGGAGAAGGCUACUCCUAAGCCUACCCUGCUGCGUUUUCGGCCUCCUACUGUAGGUACCGCGAAUGAGGACUCUUUCCUCCCGCUCAUGAGUACCCGCAUUGUCCUGGCCCCGUGGGACCGCGUCUUCCAAGACGGCCCUGUGCGACGGGGCCCUUCUGGGUACUUGUUGAGCUGUACUCGUACACAGAAACCUUAG